AGACUCAGUAUCUCUGUUGGCAUCACAACAGAAAGUAGACACUAUACUCUGUUACUAUCAGGUUGUUAUUUAUUUGAUAGGUAGUGAACUUUUUUGUUAAAGUUUCUCAUUCUUCAUUGAACAAUAGUUCUUUACCAAACUGUAAAUUAAUACCACAUUUAAGGUAUUAUUUAAGUUUUAUCGCAGAUGGAGCCUAAAGUUGAACCUGUUGGAUCUCCUACAUUGCUCGGAGAAGGUCCGUAUUGGGACGAAGAGACUCAAACCCUCUACUACAUUGAUGUGACCAAACCAAUUCUGUUCAGUUAUAAACCCGAGACUGGAGCUCAACACAGUGCAGAGAUAGAAACUGGAAGCCCAAAUGAACGUAUUUCUUUUGUAAUAAAAAUUAAGGAUAAAAAAAACAAGUUUGUUGUGAGCAUCAAGAACAGAUUUACCAUUGUCACCUGGGACGGUGAAUCUCCCGGGCCUCUAACUCCACAACAUCUUGUAGAUGUGGAGAGUCAGGAGCUGUGUCACCUCAACGAUGGAAAAUGUGAUCCGUCUCAUCGUCUCUGGGCAGGUUCACUAGGACACUUCCCAGAGGGUGCUACUGACAUAAACGACAUUGAGAAAGAGCAGGGGUCCUUGUACUCCAUGCAGAAGGACAAAUCUGUGGUGAAGCGAUGGGGGAAGAUCGAUCUAUCAAAUGGCUUAGCUUGGAGCUCGGACAAGAAAAAGUUCUAUUUUGUAGAUUCAAUUAAAUACAGGAUUGAUAGCUAUGACUAUGACGAUGCAACAGGAGAUAUUUCAAAUGAGAAGGUAGUCUUUUGCUUCAAGGCAAAUAACGUUGAAGGGGCUGCAGAUGGAAUGACUAUAGAUCAAGAGGGGAUGCUCUGGGUGGCUUGUUUCAAUGGUUACCAGGUGAUCAGGGUUGACCCAAACACUGGAAAACUUCUGCAAAAAGUGGCAAUUCCUUCACCUAAUGUUACUUCAGUGAUCUUUGGAGGGCCGAACUACGAAGAUCUCUUUGUCACUACAGGAACUAUUCUCAUGACAAAUGAGCAGUUAGAGAAAUAUCCACAUUCUGGGUGUAUCUUCAGAGUGACUGGCUUGGGAGUCAAGGGCACUCCAAGUUUGCCAGUUUUGCUGGAAUUAGAUAUAUAGUGCAUAUCAUUCUAUAAGGCAAACACUGUUUCAAUAAAUGAAAGUUGUUAGUUUAUUAUAAGAUUUUACAUUGCAUUAAAUAAUCACUAGAAAACACA